ACGUCACAAUGAGUAUAUAUAGCUACACUGUAGCAUUCUUUACUCUAUUGUUACAUUUUAACAAACCGGGGCAGAGGCGAGGAAAAGGAGGACGUCAAUCCGGCUAAAAUUCUGUAACAUUUUGACAUUACUGUACCAAACAAGGCGAGGAGGAUAACGGCCAUUAUACUUGAAGAAAAACGACAUUAGGCCAAUUGAAACCGCCCUUGCAAAGAGUGGAUAAACGAAUACAGAUGUCAGCGGAUUGCUCUUCCAAUGCAAGCAUUUGAAGGCUCAAACCUGGAAGAUAAGGCAUCCGGCAGUUAGCUUAUUAUUAUUUUUAUUGAUUUUUUGCAAUUUAGCAGAAAAGGAUGUCAGUAGCCUAAUACAUUUAAACUAAACUUGACGUCCUUCUUUCCUACGGUCUGCCCCGGCUAUACAGGGUUGUUACGUCAAAGUUACAUGGAACAUGCACUCCUGGAAGCGACCAUAAAAUACGUUUCCUUUAUGUAGUCCAAUAUCUGCUUGAAGCCGGUGUAGCCUACUAAUGCAGAAAUAGUGUAACGAACUGACAAUCACAGAAAUAAGCAUUCAUACUGAACAAAUUAACAACAGGUUUACUUAAAAAAUAGUUAGCCAAACGUUACAUGUCUGGAAAAAAUAAUAAGCAAAAAUCUAAAUAGGGCGUUACAAGAUCCAUGAACAAUCCGCCGUGAAUGAAAGGAACGUUCAGCAGUUGAUCGGGAGAAGAGAGGGUCCUUUUUCUGCUGAAGACGCCAAGUUUCCAUGGAGGCAGUUUCAUCUCUCAGCCUCAAGCGAAGAUUCGAGGAGGUGGACAGUGGCUCUCCAUACUCUACGCCCAAGGACUCAGACGAUGACAUUUCCAGCAGUGACAGCGCUGACAGCUGUGAUAGCCUCAACCCCCCCUCCAGCACUGCACUCAUACCGACCUCCAUCCUAAGACGGCACAAGCCCUCUCCAGGUCGGAAGCGGGUGCGGUUUGAUGUGGUGACUGUGUACUACUUCCCCAGGCGGCAGGGCUUCACCAGCGUGCCCAGCCAGGGAGGCAGUUCCCUGGGCAUGGCUCGCCACCACUGCUCCAUCCGCCGCUACACCUUGGGAGAGUUCGCCUGCGAGCAGGAGACCAGUCACCGCCACGCCGUGCGCCAACACCUCCGCCAAGAGAAGCUCAACGCUCGCAAGAUGAAGCUGACGCGUAACGGUACGGUGGAGUGUGCCCAGGCUGACCUGCUGACCCUCGACGACGUGUCAGACGAUGACCUGGAUGUAGAGGGGGUGGAGGUGGACGACUGCUUCUUCCUGCAGCCGCUGCCCACCAAGCGGCGCCGGGCGCUCCUCAGAGCUUCUGGUAACGCCCGCAUAGAUGCCCGGGAGAAGGCUGAGCUACGGACCAUCAGGCUGUCCAGGGAGGAGUGUGGCUGCGACUGCCGCUUCUACUGUGACCCCCGCCACUGUGGCUGCAGCCAGGCUGGCAUCAAGUGCCAGGUGGACAGGAUGUCUUUCCCCUGUGGCUGCUCUCGGGAUGGCUGUAGGAACUCGGCGGGCCGCAUCGAGUUCAAUCCGCUGCGCGUACGAACACACUACCUGCACACCAUCAUGAAGCUGGACCUGGAGAAGGGGAGGCUGCUGGGGCAGAGGGCAGGGCUUGGGGAGCAGUAUGAAGAGUCUGACCCCUCCUCCACCAGGCCUCCCUCCCCAGACCUUCACCUGUCCACAGGGGCCCAUGGCCUGGACUCUGAGUUAGAGGCAGAGGAGAGAGAGGUCCAGAUGGUCCUAGAGGCUCGGGACCUCCUGACUGAGCAGGCCUGCCUGGAGCGGGAGAACGAAAUCGCCGUGCUCCACCUGCAAAGUGCAGAGGAGCAGGAGAGGAUGAGGGAGGAAGAGGAAGAGGAGGAGGUGCAGCGGGGCAGGGGGGGAGUAGGAAGCAUGGGGGAGCAGUCUCUGUGCCUCCUACCUGGGGCCCUGCAGGGGGAGCUGUCUGGGGAGACAGGGGUGGGGGUCGGGAUAGAGGGGGUCCCUAUCUCCCUCCUCCAGGGCCCGUUCCCCACUGGGGCUACCCUGCUCUGCAUCACAGAGAACCAGGAGGGAGAUGGGGAGGGGGAAGGGGACAACCCCCAUGGUGGCCUCAAAGAUCCGGCCUCGUCCCUGCUCUACUACCAGUUAGGUCCCAUAGAGAACGAGCCGUUUGAGGAGUCUCAGCCUGGGGAGGAGGAGGAGCAGGAGUGUGUGGAUAAAGAACCAGAGGGAGGAGAGCAGCGAGAGAGGGAUGAGCAUAGAGGUAUUACCUGCGGGCAGGUUGAGGGCGAGUUUUUGCCCCCGGUGGCUCUGUGCUCAGAGAAUGGCUUGGGGGCUGAGGAGGCUAAGGAGGUACCAUUCAGCCCCCAGCAGAGUACCUCAGAAGGGCAGUGUCAGGAAGUGGCCUGCCUGGCCACUGAAGGAGAGAUAUACCCACCACUGCCCCCUGAGGUUUAG